AGACAGUUGUUGUAGUUGAGUUUGAGACGUUUGAGUAGUUGUGGCCUAAGAUAUCUUAGUCCGUGGUAGUGGCGUAGUGCACGAGUGCACGACUAUAUAGUGCCUUAGUCAGUUCACCCUGUAUAUGACAAAUUAAAUUUAUUUUGUCAUGAAUCUGUAGUCCUGUGCUCUGUAGAUAGUGUUCAGUUAUUUCAGUAUUACAAUUACUGAACUACACCACGUGUUACAACAAUACAACUGUUGACUUAGACACUUUGUAGUUACUUACUUAGUAUAUAUUAAUGCUUUAGUCAUUAGGUAGUCAAUAAACUGCCUUAAGAGUCCUACUGGCUGCCUCCAGUGCCAUACGCCCACGUGCAAUUUAAUAUUGAACCCUUAAAUAGACACAGCAAAAACAAGGUACUAUGUCUGUGAAAGAGGAGAUGGAUUCUGUACAAAAGCUUGAUCUGAAAUCCUAUAAGUAUGAAUCUGAAAGUUUUACAAACAAUUUUCACAAAGACAAAAUGUUUGAAGUACUUCAAUCUUCCCGCAAUAAAAAUGACAGAUUUUGUGAUAUUAAAUUACAAACAGAUGACGGUACUGUAAUAUAUGGACAUAAAAAUAUAUUGGCAUCGGCUACCCCAUACUUCAAUGCUAUGUUUUCUAAUUUUGGUGAAAGCAACAAAGAUCUUGUUAAUAUAAAAAAGCUUGACUCCACUAUUUUAAAACUUUUGAUUGACUAUAUUUAUACAGGAAAAAUCAUGAUUACCCGAGAAAAUGCACAGGUUGUGUUAGCAGCUGCAAAUCUCUUACAGCUAGAAUAUGUAAAACAAGCAUGUGUUGAGUUUAUACAAAAACAACUGGAUCCUUCAAAUUGUCUUAGUAUUAAAGUAUUUGCUGACUUAAACAACUGUAUUGAACUGUUGUCAAAAUGUGAAGAAUUCAUUAAAAAACAGUUUUUAGAAAUGGUUAAAUAUGAUGAGUUUUUAUCUUUAUCAUCUGAAGAAGUGAUUAAGUUAAUCUCCUGCAAUGAUAUUGCUGUUCCAUUUGAAGAAAAAGUGUAUGAAUGUGUUCUUAAAUGGGUAAAACAUGAAUUGAAUCUGAGAAAACAUUUAUUACCCAAUCUAAUGGAACAUGUGCGUUUGUCAUUAAUUUCGAAAGCGUAUUUAUUAGAAAAUGUAGUUAAUGAACAUCUUCUAAAUAAUGAUCCUAAAUGUAAAAAUUAUGUAUUUGAAGCAUUACAUUUUAAUCUAAUUAAGUCUGUAAAUCCUUCCGCUAUUCCAGAAACUAUUCGGAAUAAACCUAGACGGUUACCAAAAAUUGUUUUAGUGUUUAGUUGGUGUAGUUCAAAAAACAAGUGUAUUAUAAGCUGGUACGACCCAGCAACCAACCAAGUGCAGAUUGCAUCAGAAAAUACUGACUUCCGUCAGUCAUCUAAUGUGUGCGUUGUAAAAGAUCAAUUUGUGUUUGUUGUGAAUUGUGAACAGCAGUCUGUUGUAAUGUUAGAUACAUACUUACAAUCACACUGUUUUGUUCGCAAGCCAGAUUUGUUAGUUAGUCGACUAUCAUUAAGAAUUGGUGUAUUAAAUGAUUGUAUAUAUGCUAUUGGCUGCGAUGAUGAAAUCUAUUCUUAUUCUUAUGAUUAUCGUAUUGUAAAUACUGUAGAAGUUUUUAGUCUCGAUACUCAAAAAUGGCAAAUGGUAACAAGUAUGCCUAGUAAGAAAAGCGAUUUUGGGGUUGGAGUGCUCAAUAACCUCUUAUACGCAGUAGGAGGUUAUAGUGGUGGAUAUUUGAAAUCUGUUGAUUGUUAUGAUCCCAUUAAAGACAGUUGGGCCCCAAUUGCAGAAAUGUCAAUAAGCCGGAAUAAUGUUGGUGUAGGAGUUUUGGACGGCAUAAUGUAUGCUAUUGGUGGAUCUAAUGAAUCAGAAAUUCAUAAAAGUGUUGAAGCUUAUAAUCCCAGUGAUGGAGUUUGGACAUCGAUUGCUGAUAUGCAUAUGUGCCGAGAUAACCCUGGAGUAGUGGCAUUAUAUGGUUUAUUAUAUGUUAUUGGAGGAAAUAAAUAUAAUUCUGUUGAAAUCUAUAAUCCUAAAACCAAUUCCUGGUCAAUGAAAACAGUAUCAAUAAGUGAUCCAAUUUAUGGAGCGGUGGUCGUUAAUAGACCACCAUAUUUAUAAUUAAUAAUUAGCAUACACAAUCUUUUUAACUAUAUUUGUAUUUUCUAUGAUAAUAUAUAAAAUAGUGUUUUAAGUUUCCAUAUUUUUAAGAUUUGAUUGUUUACUAUUAAAAUAUAUUUACAAAUUUUGCCUAAAUA